GGGACCCAUGGAAAUGGUUCCAGGGCAUCUUUACGCUCCUACAAAUACCCAAUGCUCCCACCUUCCAUUUGCACUCAGAAGCCAAACGCAUUAUUAUUCACUCAUUAACUGUCUCUCUAUCUCUCUGUUUCUCCAUUGCCUGUUCCUGUUUGCUUGAGCCAGUUCGCUGCAACAUGCUAUCAGGUGCAGUUGGCAAAUGCCUUCUCUUGGCUUCCCCUCUCAAGGUUGAAGAAGAAACUAAGGUCAUCAAUGAAAAACAAGGCAUAGUUUCAAUCCUACUAUCAGAGCCUACACAGGCAAAGAUAGCCACAUCUUCCCUGAGGAGAAAUCUCUCAGCAGACAUGUCCUCUGCAAAAUGGUUGCCUCAAAAUGGAUUAUCCUCAUCCAUGAAGAAGAUUGCCUCAUCUGAGCAACUAGCAAUCUCUUUGGAGGAUAAUCAGGAUGAUGAGGAGAAGGUGCCAGAACAGGACGAUGUGUGGAGGUCAAUCCAACUGAAGAAGAAGAAGACAGAGGUUGAAAAUGAAAAGCCAGUCUGUACUCAGCUCGAUACAUGGAGCUCAAUACUAUCACAGAAUGCCAAAGAGGAUUCCAACAACCUUCCACCAUACGUACAUCCUCUUGCCAAGACAUCCACCGGCUCCUUGAGUGAAAAAAGCCUUCAGAUUUGCACUGAGAGCCUUGGCUCAGAGACUGGGUCUGAAGGAUUUUCCUCAUACACGCCCCCUGAGAAAAGUGAAUCGGAAGAGGACAAGGAAGAAGAAGAAGUACAACAAAAGGAAGCCCCGGUUGAGAAAUACUCAGAUCCUUGUGAUCGAGAAGAAUGGCAAGCUAUAAAGUGCAUGUACUCUACUAAAUCGACGACACCUCGUUCUUUCCCUCCUCCUCUUCCUUCCCUGGCCCAAAGUGUUGGCCCCACUCUUCACAUGCAAUCUCGUCGCCUAGAAGGAAGGUUGCUACUGGAAGCUGUUUCGGUUCCUUCACAAAACUGUUUUCAUGCUCAACGCCAAGAUGGGCGCCUUGUACUUCAACUCCACGACAAUCAAAAUCUUUCAGAAAUGAAAGAUGAGGAAGAUGAAAUGGACGAAGAAGAAAUGGAUCCAGUAGAUGACAUUGACGUUGACAAUGACAUUUACAUUGAUGAAGACUUUGAAUCAGAACUAGAAGAUGAAAUGGACGGAGAAGUGGAAGAAAUGGUUACACAAGAGCUAAUAACCGCCCCUAGAUCAACCAUACCGUUCAAAAAUAUUAUGAGAAUCGACAACAAGAGUCCAACAUGGCCGCCAACAAACAGGAUCAACAAAGAGGAAAUUGAGGUGGAAUCAGAUCAAGAAGAAGAAUUGGAGGAAUUGACGGCAAUGCCACAAUCACUGCCACCUGUGGCUCGGCUGAUACGUGCUCCAGCAGGAGCAGCUGGCUCUUUCAAUGCUUAUGACUACUUCUGGAGGACCAAGCCAACCAUGAUCAAUCCAAUCAACCAACAGAGCCCAGCUCAGAAAUACAGCAACAAUAUGACCAUUCUACCCAAUAGCUCCAAGGCAGACAAACAACAAGAGCCAGUCUUCCUCAGAGGGAACAAUGCCGAAUACUUGGUUCCUUUGGUGAGAGGCUGCAAUGAUUCUUCCAAGAAGUCACUUCAAAUUUGUGAGCCCUAUUGCGUUGCCACAUCCUGAUUAAUUUCGUCCUCGCAUCACGUUCCUAUCUAUUAUUAGCUACUUACUAUAUGUUACUCAUAUAUCUCUACUUCUAAUUUCAGCAUAAAUAUCUCAUUUCAACUCUUUGUAAAAGAGUUUGUUCAGAAAAAUAAAUAAAGCAUAUAUUAAGGAAGGAAGGAAAGAAGACUUGGUUUAGUGGAUGACCAAAGACCUUAUAUUAUUUUUCCAAGUCUGUUCUUACAAGUAAUCUUUGACUAGGUGGAGGAGUGUCUUGUCUGUUGUCUAUGUAUUGUAAUGGAGUCUGCCUUUAUUUAUCCAUUAGUUUUUUGGCAACUCCUAGCCAAUGGGACCAAUAAGGGUCGUGUCUAGUCCUUUUGGUGUUUAUUUAAGGAACAUUAUUAUCUUCUA